AUGGGUAUUUUGGGUUUAGCCAAAUUGAUAGCAGAUUUAGCACCAAAUGCUAUCAAAGAACAAGAAUUAAAGCAUUAUUUUGGUCGUAAGGUAGCUAUUGAUGCAUCUAUGUGUUUAUACCAAUUUCUUAUUGCAGUACGGAGUGAAGGUGCUCAGCUUACAGCUGUAGAUGGUACAACAACAAGUCAUUUAAUGGGUAUAUUUUAUCGAACAAUACGUUUAGUAGAACAAGGAAUUAAACCUGUAUAUGUAUUUGAUGGAAAACCACCAAACUUAAAAGAUGGAGAAUUAGCAAAGCGGGCUGAAAGAAGAGAAGAAGCACAAAAAUUAUUACAGGCAGCAGAAGAAGCUGGAAAUGUAGAAGAUAUAGAAAAAUUUAAUAGAAGAUUGGUAAAAGCAACAAAAGAACACUCAAGAGAAGCUAAACAAUUAUUAGAGUUGAUGGGCAUUCCUUAUAUCGAUGCUCCAUGUGAAGCUGAAGCACAAUGUGCUGCUUUGGUAAAAGCUGGUAAAGUGUUUGCUACUGCUACAGAGGAUAUGGAUGCACUUACUUUUGGGUGUAAUAUUUUACUUCGACGAUUAACAUAUAGUGAAGCUAGAAAAAUGCCUGUACAAGAAUUUCAUUAUGAUAAAGUAUUAGAAGGUCUUGAAUUAAGUACUAAUGAAUUCAUAGAUCUUUGUAUAAUGCUAGGUUGUGAUUAUACAAAUAGCAUUAAAGGAAUUGGACCAAAAAGAGCAAUUGAAUUAAUUAAGACACAUAGGUCACUUGAAAAAAUUAUAGAAAACUUAGAUACUAAAAAAUUUUCAAUUUCUGAAGAUUGGAAUUACAAACAAGCACGAUUAUUAUUUCAAGAACCUGAAGUAAUGGAUCCCGAAACAAUUGAUCUGAAAUGGUCAGAACCAGAUGAAGAGGGUUUAGUGAAAUUUCUAUGUGGUGAUAAACAAUUUAAUGAGGAAAGAGUAAGAAAUGGAGCAAAAAAAUUACAUAAAGCACGAAAUACUUCUACCCAGGGAAGAUUAGAUACAUUCUUUAAAGUAUUACCAAAUCCAAAUCCAUCAAAGCGUAAAGCUGAAGACGCAAAAGGAGCAGCUAAAAAGAGCAAAAGAGGUGCAACGAGAAAACCACGUGGAAGAUCAAAAUAA